GCUUCCUCUUCCUGUGUCACCCGGUCAGAGGUCAGGGUUCACUUGCAGCUGGAUGAGCUGGCGUUUACAUACAGGAACUAUUUAAUCAAUUUGAAAGAGCCACAAAAAUAGUGUACUUUGGAAAACCGAUAGUCGCCGUGUUGUGGUCUGCAUUCGCCAUACACCUACAGAUCUCCUGCAUUUAGCAUGAGUCUCCAGUGGACGGCAGUAGCCACCUUCCUGUACGCCGAAGUGUUCGCUGUACUACUGCUUUGUGUACCCUUUAUCUCCCCCCAGAGAUGGCACAAGAUCUUCAAGUCGCGUUUGGUGAAAGCCAUCACGACCUAUGGCAACACCUACUUCAUGGUGGCCAUCGGUAUCCUGGUCUUCUUACUCAUUGGUGAUGAUGUCACAAUCUCACGCCUGUCUGCUUCUUGGGAGGUGCGCAAGUACAGCGUGACAGAAAAAGUGGACCUGAGCAACAAUCCAGUGGCAGUGGAGCACAUACACAUGAAGCUCUUCAGGGCCCAGAGGAAUGAGUACAUUGCUGGCUUCGCUCUGCUCCUUUGCCUGCUCCUGAGGCGCUUGGUCACCCUGCUGUCGCAGCAGGCCACCAUGAUGGCGUCCAACGAGGCCUUCAAGAAGCAGGCGGAGGGAGCCAGCGACGCAGCCAGGAAGUACAUGGAGGAGAACGACAAGCUGCAGGAGAAACUGCGUGAGGCUGGGAUCCCUGUUCCUGAGCUGGGCAAGAAGGCUGGAGGAGGAGUGGAGGAACAGAACAAGGCUUUGAAGGAAGAUGUGAAGAAGCUGAAGGAAGAGCUGGACACCACUAAAAAAGCCCUCCAGAAGUCAGAGAGUGACGUGAGGGCUAUGAAGAAGCAGUCUGAGAACCUGACGGUGGAGUAUGACCGCUUGCUGGAAGAGCACGCCAAGCUGCAGGCUACCUGUGACGGCCCGCGAGAGAAGAAGUCUGACUGAGCCAGUCGGUGUGACCUCUGAUUAUCUCAGCCGCUCGCCUACCAUCCUACUGCCGCCGCCCUACUGCUUUCAUGCUGUCCAGGUGUUGCACUAAACAGCAACUGCACACCAUUACCUUGGGGAAAAGUCCUUGUCCCUUUAGCCGUGUGAAUCAUUUGGUAGAAUGUCUGACUUUUUUUUUUUUUUUUGUACUCCAUUGUGUACAAAUAAAAAUAUUGGUGGUUGGCUGCAACGUGUCAUUUAUUUGCAAAAUAAAAUUUGAAUUUCUAUCCUGGCUGGAAAGAUGCAACGUACCCAUUUCAUACUGUUUGGUUGGCAUUUGGUUUUUGGUCUUUUAUUGUCCUGUCAGGAGGGUGUUAAUCUUCUGUAUAAAAUGCUGGAGUCUUGACUAAUGAGUCAUGAGUGUGACUUUUUCUGGGACCUUUGUUGUUCCUCCUGUUCAUGAUGCUUUGUAAUCAGCUGUCAGGUUUGUUUCUUUGUUUACCAUGUUAAUGUUUGCUAUAAUUUGUUGUUCAUCUGUACAAACAAGUACUUCUCUGAAAUAAUUAAAAUCAAAGCUUCUGUGGUUGUUGAUAAAAUGUUUUUUUUUUUGUUGAUCUGCAACAUAGGAUGGCUAUAUCACCACACCGACAGUCCGUAUGUCAUCUGUGUGAGUUGACUGUAAAAUAGCCCGCUGGCUUCGUUUUGUGAUGAAGGCACGUAAUUUUAAGAGUGGCAGUCUGUCAUGGUGGUCAUCUCAUUGGAUGUUUGGAGUGUGGGACUGUUUACUUGUGCACGUUCGUCACUUUCAACCUCUGUGGAAAUCCUACACCAAAGCAAGCGGUAAAGUAGCAGCUGUCAGGAAGCUCCUUGGUGUUUUGUGCUGAAAGAGUACACCAGUAAUGACACACCUGGGGCAUGAGGGCAUGUCCCCUUUUAGAAUGGCUGGAAGACGAUACCUAGGGCUCUUGCCCCGGCUUGCAGGACUUAUAACAUCAGCGGUCAGGCUGCCUUUCCACAUGCGAGCGCUUCCUAGCUGUGCGUGGUACUGAGAAGUUGGAAAAAAUUGGGACUCUGUUUUCCCACAUGCCUAUAUGCUGUGGUCUACCAUACUGUGAUACAAUAGGACGCUUUGUGUCAUUUUCCAUUGAAGGGUAUUGAUAUAGAUAAUGUAGAUCACUAUGACUUAAGCCGGGAUAGAGGGAAACAUUGCUUGCAUAUGGGUUUGAUGCACACUACUUCCUGUUCUCAUUUAUUACCCAGUGCUAGUCCGCUGUAAACCUGCUUUUAGUGGCAUCAGUGCAUACAAGCAAUUGUCACCUUUAGUUAUGCAUACAUAAUUUUCUCUGGCAUUGCUUCAAAUCAUCAACUUCAUAGAUGUCCGAACUCAGGCCAAACCACCACUGCUCUGGUUCUGAAUGCAUAUAUCCUGAACGAGCUGCUAUAAGGCUCUGUAAGCGUCCAGCCAACUUCUGGUUAAUUUUCAUGUUGAGUUUUCUGCUUUGAGCCUGAUUUUCUUUCCUGUUGUCGCAGGUAUGGGUAGAACAGGAUUUACUGCUUUCGUUUUUUGUCUAUCUUGCAUGCAUUUUUUUCACUGCUUAUAAAACAGCUGUUUUAAUACAGCUGCCUGAUAAGAGUUUGCAACAAAUGCAUAAAGGAUUAACUUCGUGUCCCUGUUCUUCGUUUUGGCCUAGUUCUCAUGUUUCAUUGUACCAUGACUCUGAAUAGUUAGUUAUCUUAACACAAGUACAAAUUCUCCUUCAAAAAAAAAACAAUUAAUGAUCUUCAUUCUGUGUAUAUGCCCUUCAGAAUGUCACGAAUUUGCCGUAAUUUUGCGUUUGCUUUACAUCUGCCUGUUUGAUGCUUUUCUACUUGGACUGUUGUGUUGUGAUUUGCUACAAAAUAUUCACUGCUAUUCAGGUGGAUAUUUAAAACAAUAAGACCUGUAAGUCUUUGUAAAGCUUGUUAAUAAACAUUGAUAAUUUGAUGCACA